AAACUUAACAAAAAACAUUGACAAGCAAGUUGACUGUAAAGAGUGUGCAUACUAAAACCACUUCGGAUCCACUUCCGUACACCGGCGGUUGCAUCUCCACAGCUCCGGCAGCAUCUCCGGCGGAGUUCAAACCCUUCAGAUUUCAACUCCAAUCGCUAUGGCGUACAGGCGAAAGCAAGGAUUUGCCACAAAUUCAACGUUGAACAACGGAACUUCAAACCCUAACCCUAAUUUGAAACGAACUAAUGAAUCUUCAUCUUCUCCGGACGACGAUUCAUCAUCCGCACAGUCGCUUGCUGCACAAGCGAUUAGAGCAUCGUCUGCGUACCGUGAUUCUUCUCUCUCGUCGGCUUAUGGUGAAUCUGCUCGUUCGCCUAGAGCGAAGUUGAAUCCAGUUCGUUCUUCUUAUUCGUCUUCUGUUAAGGAUGAUUCAACAAGAUAUGGUAACACAACAACGAAGAAUGUAGAAGAACCCAAACGUGGAUUUUGGGGUGCUCUUGCUAGAAAAGCUAGAGCCAUAAUUGAUGACGAUGAUGAUGUGGCCCAACAGUACGAAACACCUGAAAGAAGGAGACAACAGUUGGCUGAUAUGGAAGCAAAGAGCCAGUUGCCAGAGAACCGUCGAAAGGCAGAUAAUCCUGCAUUGCAGAAGGGUCUAAAUGCAAUUACAUCAUCCUUCAAUUACAUUGGUAAUGCUCUUGAGGAGGGCAUGACUGUUGUGGAAAAUCGAACUGCAGAAAUCAUUCAGGAAACACGCAAACUACAGAUUAAGAAAAAGCCUGAGGAAGUUCCAGCUUCAAAUGCCAGGCAAUUACCGCAGAUGAAAACCGAUACCGAAAUUCAACUGAAGGCCUCGAGAGACGUGUCAAUGGCAAUGGCAGCGAAAGCAAAGGUUCUACUACGGGAGCUGAAAACCGUGAAGGCCGAUCUGGCAUUUGCAAUGGAGCGUUGUGCUCAAUUAGAAGAGGAAAACAAAAUCCUUAGGGAGACCGGUGGGGGAAGCGAUCGCCCCGAAGACGAUGAUUUGAUUCGACUACAACUGGAGUCGCUUUUAGCAGAGAAAGCACGGUUGGCACAAGAGAACUCAGUUUACGCAAGGGAGAAUCGGUUUCUCAGGGAAAUUGUGGAAUAUCACCAGCUAACGAUGCAGGAUGUGGUUUACAUAGACGAGAGUCGAGAAGAAGUCUCAGAAGUUUACCCCGUCAGCAACCUUCUCGCGACCAAUAAUAAUUUGGCACCAUCAAUUCCUCAAAGCGCAAACCCACACAUAAUUGGAGGUAUCUCGUCUCCACCCGUUACACCCAUAAGCCCCUUUGUUGUAAACGCAGGCGAUCAACAGAAGAUGUGAGCUGUUUCUUUUUUUGUUAAAUUGUUUUGUUUCACAUCUGGACCUGAUUCAUUUGUGGUGAAUGUAAUUGUUUUAAUCAUGUAUACUUUUAUGGUACAUGUAUGUAUGCAUUUGUAUUUUAGGAAAUCAUACAUGAUCUGAAAGAUA